GACAGGGCUGUUCGUGGUGUCACAGCAGUGCGGUGGGAGGAUGAGGGACGCGAUGGAACCGCACAUCUCUCGCAUGCGACGACGCACGGACUGAAACUCAAUGCUGCUGCUGCUGCGGCCGCUGGAUUUUUCUAAUGCUCCUGAGGAACCCACAAACUUUGAGGCUUCAAGGAUGUUCUUCUCGGAUGGGACUCUCUCAGCCGUCAGUAGUGCGCUCCUGUUGGGAAUAACGUGUCUGGCCGCGCUCUGCGACCUCUCCAAGGGCUCCUCGGACCUCUCAGGCUACCUGUCCAAAGUGUUGAGGAACUACACUGAGCAGGCCUGUGAAGGGGACUUCCUGUCUGUUCGCUGCCCGCCACGCACCACCAUCACCGUCCAAUCAGCUUUCUAUGGAAGGAGAGGUGCUUCUGACCCCCAGCAGUGCCCUCAGACCUACCAGGCCCUCCUUAGUUCUUACAACGCUGGGGAGGAUGUUCGAUAUUGUUCUGUGUCCACGGCUCUACAGAAAAUGCUGGACGAGUGCCAAGACAGAAGGAGCUGUCAAGUCCUUGUCAACAGCCGCGUGUUCGGGACAGACCAGUGUCCUGGCAUCAGUAAAUACCUCAUUGUCUGGUACAAAUGCAGACCGAACGAGUAUAAGAGUAAGGUGGUUUGUGAGGAGGAUAAGAUGAGGCUGAGCUGCAAGCGGGGCAUGCAGAUCGCCGUUUACUCCGCCAUGUUUGGCCGAACUCAACAGGGCACCCUGGAGUGUCCCCUUCAUCACCUGAGGGCGCCAUCAGUAGACUGCCAGUCGUCUGUGGCUCUGCAGGUCGUCACCGCUCGCUGUCAGGGUAAGAAGAGCUGCCUGGUCCGAGCCUCCACCAGAGACUUUGGAGAUCCGUGUUACUCUGGCACCAGGAAGUACCUCAGCGUCAUCUACACCUGUGUCCCAAAGAAGUUGCUCCAGGAGCAGAGCCCCAGACCACCGGUGUUCUCCCCACCCCCAGGUGCCCAUGACCCCAACAUAGUGGGAGACGGUCCUCCGGAGGGGAGCUCAGUGAAAAGCCCUGACGCUGUCCCAGAUAAGAAGAAGAUCAGGGAAACAAACCCCAACGAGGAGAAGGCUUCAGACGCAGAAAGAGGAAGAGGAGGAGGAGGAGGAGGAGAAGAAAGUGUGCUGCGGCCCAGAGACAUGAAUCCCAUCAUCAACUCCACCCCCAGUGCCAACAUGGCUCUCAUCAGCAACGCACUGGCAGCCUUCACCUAUGUAUCAGACCACCCAGAGAGGGCAGCGCUCUUCUUCGUCUGCGGCGUGUGUUUGGGCCUCUUCCUCACACUCUUCGCGCUGGUGGUCCAGAUCUCCUGUCGCACUGACUGCAAGCCCCGCAAGCAGCCCCCCGCCAAGAAACGUCCCCGUCCCGCCGACUCGUCAUCCGACUCCAGCGACUCGGACUCGGACUGGGACACCACCUCAGACCUGUCGGCGCGGAGACACCGACGGUUCGAGCGCACGCUCAACAUGAACGUGUUCACGUCGGCGGAAGAGCUGGAGAGGGCGCAGAGGCUCGAGGAGAGGGAGCGGAUCAUUCGGGAGAUCUGGAUGAACGGGCAACCGGACAUCCCUGGGACACGGAGCCUCAAUCGGUAUUACUGAGGCUUUUCCUAGGAAGAUUAUAUGACUUGAACACAUUUUAGGACGCACUUGGCUUGGAGGCGAGGCCCUGACAAGGCCAACUGUGGACUCGCUCGUGAGAACAGUGGAAGUUACUGCAGACCUGGAAAGAAAGCCCUCCCUCUCUGCCGGUUGACAUAUUCCUCUGGGUAUCAUAAGCUAUACCCCAUUUAGUAAGAGAAUAAGCUCUCUGCAUGGUAAGCUCACCUCUCCGCCGCUUCUCUCCACUGAAAGAGAGGGUGAAAGGCUACACUGCCUUACCCGUGACCUCCGCAGGCCUUUUUGAAGUGGGGGAUAUAUGGGGUCGGCUGCUUCACACUGGCCCACAGAGAAUACAUGGUGACUGAAGGACCAGGGCCUCAGAUGGGUCUGUUCUAUACAGAACGCAGAGCAGUUGCAAGAGACACUCGGGGCUUUACGCUCAGAAGAACCCUCCAGUAUUUAAGUGUGGACUUUAACGGAGGGGGCAGUGUCAGCUGAACGCAGCGUACUGGACGAUGUAAGACAAUCUCUCCACAGUGGGGAAAAAAAACCAUGCUGCCUUUUGAACUUUAUGAAACCAAAAGAUAUUUUUUGGGGGGAAAUUCAUCUCAACCCUUAUGAAAUAUAUUUUAUGAUAUUUAAUAGUUUAUUGAUGUUGUGUAUUAUUUUGUUCACAAGUAUGGUUUGUUAUGAGCUAUUUUUAUACUUGGCGAAGGUUGUCUGGCACCUCAGGGAUGCAAUCCUCGUGUUUCUGUGUUUCUUUGAGUGAUGUUUUCGCUUCGUAAGAAGGGGAUCGGCCCAUUUGAACAGCUGUGUCAGCAUUAACAUAAAAUAAAAAUUAAAGAUGUCAUAUAAAGAGCCUCAAAGAGGAUGAUUAAGCGAUUUAACCUUAUUUUUGAUACGCGAUGUUUAAUUCACACUGCAGUGCCUUCUCUAUCUAUGAAGUGACCGUUUUAAAGAGUGCAGCUGCUGUUAUCACUCAGAAACUGGUCAAAGGAUUUUAUGAAUUGGAAAACACCAAAUUUAUCUCGUCGUACAUGUAUUCUCGUUGAACUGUUGCUGGAGUGGAGCAUGUGUAAAAGCUGAAUGUCUCAAAUGUCAAAAGUUGCACUUCGUCUCAUCAGAUGUAAAUGUCGUAAAUAUGGCAAUUGUUGUUAAAGUGGAUUUGUUGGAAACUAUUUUUCUCACAGAUUAUAGUGAAUGUCAGAUGUUGGCCUUCUUCUUUUCAAAGAUAACCUGUGCUUCACAGAUGCUCGUGGUGAUCGCCUGGUCAUGGCCGUCUGAAGAAGGAACGAGCGCUGCAGCAUUUGCUCCUCGUAAAUCAAGUCGCCAGUUUAAUCACAAUAUAAGCUAUUAUCAAUCCAGCUCUGUGUUUUUGUGCUGCCCUGGAUUCAAGCAUAGAAAUAAUUAUAGUUUUCAUUUAAGAAAAGAAAAAGAAGCUUGGUUGGAGUUUUAACUGAGAGUACACAGGACAUAUUAGGGGUCAUCCACAUAAAGACUGCCACUCAAUGUAGUAUAUUUUUAAUAAAGACAGUUCUUGUGUUUGAAUGGGAUUCAAAUGUGCCACUAGCUGGUGAAGUGAGACCAAAAUAUGACUCCUGUGCUUGGAAUAAACUGUUCAAAAA